AUGGCGGCUGAGUGGCGUGAAUCCAAGUUGAGGAAUUUACCCCUUCAACCUAAGGCUACCGCAAAAACCCCGUAUUCCAUCGAGUCGCCCGGAGCCGAAGACGUCGUAGGAGAGACAAAACCACGCCGACAUCCUCUGACAGCAAACGGGCUCAUCACGAAACCGUCCGAUGAUAUCAGUACUAUAUACGAACUUCUGCGUGUGAGCGUAGCCAAAUAUGGCAACGCAAAGGCCAUGGGCUCUCGACGCCUUGUACGCACCCACCAAGAGACUAAGAAAGUGAAGAAGGUGGUGGAUGGUGCCGAACAGGAGGUUGACAAGGCCUGGACGUUCUUCGAACUCGGUCCCUACGAAUACCUUACGUACAAUGACUUCGAGAAGUUGGUCAUGAACCUCGGUUCUGGCCUGAGGAGGCUCGGUAUGAACAAGGGGGACAGAGUCCAUAUCUUCGCCGCCACGAGCUCCAACUGGCUUGCUACAUCGCAUGCCGCCGCUUCCCAAUCGAUGCCUAUCGUUACCGCCUACGACACGCUCGGCGAGGAAGGGUUGAGGCAUUCUAUGGUCGCAACCGGUGCCAAGGCAAUAUUCCUAGACCCCCACCUACUACCUACGCUCGGCAACGUCCUCAAGGAUGCUACCGAAGUGCGUUAUGUCAUCUGGAAUAACCAACAUCAGGUCAGACCGGAGCACAUGAACAACUUGAAGAGCAACUACCCCCACAUCACGGUCAAGAGCUUCAAGGAACUGGAGAGGCUUGGUAGGGAAGAUCCCGUCGAUCCCGUGCCUCCCACGCCCGAAGAUCUCUGCUGCAUUAUGUACACGUCGGGGUCCACCGGUACUCCUAAGGGUGUUCCUUUAAAACACAAGAACCUCAUAGCUGCCGUUACCGGUGUUAGUGUUGUUGUCCAGCCAUUUAUUGGUCCAGGAGAUAGCCUACUGACAUAUCUCCCCUUGGCCCACAUUCUCGAGCUUGUCUUUGAAAAUGCAUCUCUUUAUUGGGGUUCGACCAUGGGAUACGGAAACCCGAAAACCUUAUCUGAUUCCUCAGUCCGCAACUGCGCCGGCGAUAUUCGCGAGUUCAAGCCCUCUGUCCUUGUCGGUGUGCCGGCAGUCUGGGAGUCGGUCAAGAAGGGGAUCACUUCUAAGGUCACUUCUCAAGGCGCAAUCGCCCACAACCUGUUUUGGGGUUCAUUGGCACUGAAGAGUAGGCUAUUGGCGACCGGCCUUCCCGGAACUAGCGUGCUUGAUUCCGUUGUAUUCAGAAAGAUUAAGGAAGCCACCGGUGGACGGCUCAAACUCUGUCUGAAUGGUGGUGGCCCCGUCGCAAAGGACACGCAACGAUUCAUUUCCAUGGCCAUUGCUCCGAUGGUCAUCGGUUAUGGCCUCACGGAGACAAACGCCAUGGGUUCCCUCAUGAACCCUCUUGAGUGGUCAUCCGAGACGAUUGGGGCGAUGCCUGCAUGUAUUGAGGUCAAACUCGUCGACUUCCCAGAUGCGGGAUACUAUGCGACCAAUAAACCAAACCCACAAGGAGAGAUCUGGAUCCGAGGCGAAAGUGUCAUGGAGGAGUAUUACCAGAAUGAGAAGGAGACCCAAGAGAACAUAGCUCUCGGCGGCUGGUUCAAGACGGGAGACAUUGGCGAAUGGGCCCCCAAUGGCCACUUGAAGAUCAUCGACCGUAAGAAGAACCUAGUUAAGACUUUGAACGGCGAGUAUAUCGCGCUAGAGAAGCUCGAGGCUAUUUACCGGUCAACCCAAGUCGUGGCCAACAUCUGCGUGUACGCAGAUCAGUCAAAGGCUAAACCCAUCGCGAUUAUCGUGCCUGCAGAACCAGCGCUGAAGCAGCUGGCCGCGGAUAACGGGAUACAGGGAGCAAGCCUCGAAGAGCUCGUUCACAACAAGAAGCUGAACGGCGUUGUGCUACGGGAGUUGCAAAACGUGGGACGAGCCGGUGGCCUGUCUGGUAUCGAAAUCAUCGAGGGAGUUGCGUUAUCAGAUGAGGAAUGGACGCCAUAUAACGGCCUUGUGACUGCCGCGCAGAAGCUUAACCGAAAGGGCAUUCUCAACAAGUACGAGAAGGAAGUGAAGGCGGCUUACGGCUCCUCUAGCUAG